CCCAAACCGAGAGUGAACCUUUUGCAGCUUUCUUGACCUUUGCUCUCUUCCUAGGAGUACUGACCCUUGGAGCUGUCUACUUCCUUUGCAGAACAUGGAGAAAACUGAACAGUGACCAUCCCAGCAAACCAAGUUAUUGUUUCCAAGUUGCAGGAGAAAUAAAUGAAGCCACUUAAGUUACAACUGAUGGAAAACUUGAUUUCAGGACUUCCCACAAGCCAUAUCUUCAGCCCUAUGGUAGAUCUUCAUGAGUUUCUGGAGCCAUCUUUUUCUUUCUACAACUCAAGAUGGGGAAGAACAGCCUGGGGCUUGGACAGUGGGCAGCGGCCAUCCUGAGACCUGGACUCAGUUCAUUGAGAACCCAGGGUUCCCCCUUACUCCACAUGGAGGUGUCCGUACAGGACAGAAACAUGACACUGAAAUGGGCUAAGAGAUCUUUCUUUAUAGCAGCCUUUUUGACUAAGGGUUUAGGACUCUAUGACUCAGGCUAUUCUGCCUGCCAACACCAGAGCAGCUGGUAAUGUCCUGCCUUCCCUUCAUAAUAACUUCAUCCUUCUAGAGGUGGAAGGAGCAAUAAUGGGCACUCUGGCCCUCGACACAAUUCUGACCAGUAAAGAGGAACAAGGGAGGUUGCUGGGUUGGAAAUGAAGGGAACCUUUGCAAGGAAAACAGAAGAGGGAAAGUCAGGAUUAUCUGACAUGGACCUUGGAUUUACGGAGAGCAGAUUUCAGAGUUCCAUGAAAGGAUUCCAUGGACUAAAAUCCUGUGGAGCAAGUCAGCCCAGGGAAAUUCUGAUGACACAAAGAGAGGAUCUAAAGGGAUGGACAGGAAGUUAAAUGUCAUGUUGCUGAGAAGCAUGAAGAGAUUUAAAUGAACUGAUGCAAAGUAAUUAAAACCAGGAAAAAAUGCCCAAGUGUAAGUAUACACGAUAGAAUGGCUACAACCAAAUGAAUGGAAAGAACAAAAUAACUAAAACAGAGUGCUGAAGAAGAAUGAAUGAAUGACCCAGUGUGGCCCCAUGGAGAGUCUGAGAAGGUAGUAUCUUUGCAGCAGUGGUAGACUCUGAAUAUAAAGUAAGGCUUCUUCAACAUGUUGAUUAGUUUUGCUAAACUGUUUUUCUUCCUCUUUUUCAUUUUUUGUUAUAAAUGAGUAUUACAAGGGGAGGGUGCAGAAAGGAGAUACAGUAGGAAAUGUAGAUGAUUGAAAAACAAAAGAAAUCGAUAAAAAAUUUUUUUCAAUGGCAUGGAUUUAGGGUUAGGUUAAAAUAUUUAUUUAAAAUCAAUAAUUUUAAUGUUCAAAUAUUAAUAUUGGAGAAAAAAUUUUAAAACAUAUGAAAAGUUUAAAUAUGACAUCACAUGCCCCCCAACUCCUGCAGCAGGAAGUGACACACUUCUGCACCCCCUGCUAGUUCUCCUCAACCUUCCGGUCCUUGCAAUGGCAGCAGCAGGAGUGGUAUGUCUUGACUCAAAGAGGUGAUGGAUGAAAAGGAUUCCUAAAAAGUGAAAAUUUUGAUAGAAAUCCUUCAGGAAAGAGAAAAAAAGGUGGCUCAGUGGAUUGAAAUCCUAGGUUCAAAUCUGGCCUGAGACACUUCCUAGCUGAGUGACCCUGGGAAAGUCACUUAACAGCUAUUGCCUGGCCCUUCUGCCUUGGAAUCAACACAUAGUAUUGAUUCUAAGACAGAAGGUGAGGGUUUAAAAAAAAUGACAUUCAAAAAAGCUUCCACAGGGAUGCUCUCCUGAUGCCUUGACAUGGCAUGGAAGUGACUAUGGCUUCUCCAAGUCUGAGCCACUGCGGUACGAGAUCUAGGAAAUUUGAAGUGUAAAACUGGCAAGAGAGUCGACAUUCCCAGGACCAGCCGAGCUCAGUAUAUAGAGGUUAACACAGGACGUGGACUACUAGCCAGUAAACCCCUUGUCUAGAGCAACCCAUAAAAUAAACAAAAUGGCGCUCAGACUUGCUGUGAGGUCACACAGCUAGGAAGUGUUUGAGGUCCAAUUUGAACCCAAGACCUCUGGUCUCGAAGUCCAUUGAGCCAUCUUGCUGCCCCAAAAUGGACGCUUGUUAUAACUGGAGCCAGACAGAAGAAGGAAGAUCCGACAAAUGAAGGAUGGAUCACAAGCUCUACUUGGCCAGGCAAAGAAAGGAGCUGGUUUUAUCAUGUUCCCCAAAGUCAACAAGAAACAUUAUUUCAUGGGAUGUGCCAGGAAAAGAACUAGAGUUUGGGCAGAGGCUGGGGUAGAGACUUUCUACAAGCAACUCAAGGCCAUCCAAAUGAAGUCAGCGAAUGGCUUUGAUACUCUGGUUUCUAUGCAAAGUAAGUAGAAGGAAGGAGAGCAAAAAAUGCCUCACCUCAUGGCCAAUGUGCUGAUGGGCCUCUGAAUUUGAUGAGGCACUUCCCUAGGUGACAGCUAUGUUCUCAUUACUGGACUGUCAACCAAUGCUGGCCCAAUAUCAAGUUCAGCUUUGGUUCUUUGAAUGGUCAUUUUUAUAUGUUCCAUCCCUUACCCCCACCCCCGUCUGUCUGUCUCUCUGUCUCUCUCUUUCUCUGUCUGUCUGUCUGUCUGUCUGUCUGCCUGUCUGUUUCUCUCUCUGUCUCUCUCUUUCUCAGCCUUUCUCUCCUCUCCCUCACUCCCACCCUCCCUCUCUAUCUUUCUCUCUGUCUCUUUCUCUUUCUCCCUCCCUUCUUCUCUCUCUCUCCGUCUCUUUCCCUCUCUCUGUCUCUCCCUCCCUCCCUGUCUUUGUCUCUGUGUCUCUCUCUUUCUCCCUCUCUGUCUCUUUCCCUUCCUCCCUCCCUCCCUCUCUCUCUCCUUCUCUGUGUCUCUCUCCCUCCCCCCUCUCUCCUCUGUGUCUCUCUCCCUCCCUCUCUCUCCUCUCUGUCCCUCUCUCUGUCUCUCUGUCUCUCCUCUGUCUCUCUCCAUCUCUGUCCCUCCCUCUCUCUUUUUCUCUGUCUCUUUUUGUGUGUCUCUCUCUCCCUCUCUCUGUAUCUCCCUCCCUCUCUCCUCUCUGUCCCUCUCUUUGCCUCUGUCUCUUUCCCUCUCUCUGUCUCUCUCUCCAUCUUUCUCUGUCUCUCCCUCCCUCCCUCUCUCUGUCUGUCUCUGUGUCUCUCUUUCUCCUUCUGUCUCUUUCCCUCCCUCCCCUUCUCUCUCUCUCUCCCCCCUCUCUGUAUGUCUCUCCAUCUCUGUCUCUCCUUCCCUCUCUCUGUCUUUGUCUCUGUCUCUCUCCCUCUGUCUCUCUGUGUCUCUCUCCCUUCCUCUCUCUGUCUUUUUCUGUCUCUGUGUGUGUCUCUCUCUCCCUCUCUCUGUGUCUCCCUCCCUCUCUCCUCUCUGUCCCUCUCUGUCUCUUUCCCUCUCUCCCUCUCUCUGUCUCUCCCUCCCUCCUUCUCUCUGUCUUUGUCUCUGUGUCUCUCUUUCUCCCUCUGUCUCUUUCCCUCCCUCCUCUUCUCUCUUUCACUCUCUCUCUCUUGCUCUCUCUCCCUCUCCCCCCUCUCUGUCCCUCUCUGUGUGUCUCUCUCUCCAUCUCUGUCUCUCCUCCCCUCUCUCUGUCUUUGUCUCUGUCUCUCUCCCUCUGUCUCUCUGUGUCUCUCUCCCUUCCUCUCUCUGUCUUUUUCUGUCUCUGUGUGUGUGUGUCUCUCUCUCCCUCUCUCUGUGUCUCCCUCCCUCUCUCCUCUCUGUCCCUCUCUUUUUCUCUCUCUGUCUCUUUCCCUCUCUUCCUCUCUCUCCAUCUGUCUCUCCCUCCCUCCCUCUCUCUGUCUUUGUCUCUGUCUCUCUUUCUCCCUCUGUCUCUUUCCCUCCCUCCUCUUCUCUCUUUCACUCUCUCUCUCUCGCUCUCUCUCCCUCUCCCCCCUCUCUGUCCCUCUCUGUGUGUCUCUCUCUCCAUCUCUGUCUCUCCUCCCCUCUCUCUGUCUUUGUCUCUGUCUCUCUCCCUCUGUCUCUCUGUGUUUCUCUCCCUUCCUCUCUCUGUCUUUUUCUGUCUCUGUGUGUGUCUCUCUCUCCCUCUCUCUGUGUCUCCCUCCCUCUCUCCUCUCUGUCCCUCUCUGUCUCUUUCCCUCUCUCCCUCUCUCUGUCUCUCCCUCCCUCCCUCUCUCUGUCUUUGUCUCUGUGUCUCUCUUUCUCCCUCUGUCUCUUUCCCUCCCUCCUCUUCUCUCUUUCACUCUCUCUCUCUUGCUCUCUCUCCCUCUCCCCCCUCUCUGUCCCUCUCUGUGUGUCUCUCUCUCCAUCUGUCUCUCCUCCCCUCUCUCUGUCUUUGUCUCUGUCUCUCUCCCUCUGUCUCUCUCCCUUCCUCUCUCUGUCUUUUUCUGUCUCUGUGUGUGUCUCUCUCUCCCUCUCUGUGUCUCCCUCCCUCUCUCCUCUCUGUCCCUCUCUGUCUCUUUCCCUCUCUCUCCAUCUCUGUCUCUCCCUCCCUCCCUCUCUCUGUCUUUGUCUCUGUGUCUCUCUUUCUCCCUCUGUCUCUUUCCCUCCCUCCUCUUCUCUCUUUCACUCUCUCUCUCUCGCUCUCUCCCUCUCCCCCCUCUCUGCCCCUCUCUGUGUGUCUCUCUCUCCAUCUCUGUCUCUCCUUCCCUCUCUCUGUCUUUGUCUCUGUCUCUCCCUCUGUCUCUCUCUCUCCCUCCCUCUCUCUGUCUUUGUCUCUGUCUCUGUGUGUCUCUCUCUCCCUCUCUGUCUCUCUCUGUCUCCCUCCCUCCCUCUCUCCUCUCUGUCCCUCUCUUUGUCUCUCUCUCUGUCUCUGUGUCCGUCUCUCUCAAUUUAUCCAAAACGUUUGGCCAAGGAAGGAUGUGUAUGGUGCUGGUGGGUGUGUGCUAGAUGUGUCUUCCCAGAGUUCUCAGACUAGACCUCCCAGACUUUGGCCUUGACCUGACAUGGGUAGGAAUUGGGAAAGGGGACAGUGAGCCGGACUCUGGGUAAGAGAACAGACUUAGGACAAGAAGAAAGCCGAGGCUGUGAUGAGGAGAUGGGAGAAAAGGCUUAGGUGAGUCAGGGCCCUGGAGAUGGGGCAGGCCCUAGACUGCUGGUCUAGGCUGGGCUGGAGUGACCGGUGCUUUCCUUCCCUUUUUUUCUGGAUGCCAAAAAUGUUACUCUCACUUUCAGCAUCCCCCGAGGACCAUCAUUUUAAGACUGGGGGGGCCUUUAAAAGAAACCUGGGAACUUGGAGAGAAGCGAGCCAAAAGGCCUUCCACCGUCAGAGGAGGACGAGGGAGGCCGUUUCUCAUCUCCCUUCCAUCCUCCAGACAUCUUAAGCAUUCCGUCUGCCUUGCUGUCUAGUGCCACCAGCUGCUUCUCCGUGCAUGUUGUCACAACCCUUGCGGCCCUGCCGGGAGGAGGGGGAUAUGAUUUAUCAGUUAUCUAAAACCUUCACUGGCUUUUCAGUUACUGAAACGAAUUAUUUUUGUCCAGACUCUCCAUCUUGUAGUCAUUAACAUAAUCCAUAAUGUCACUGGGGAUUUGGAGAAUGUCUUGAAGAGCCCAUCUUUGGAUGAAGUUUUUAAGUGAGGGCCCUCUGACCCCCGAGGGAUCCCUAUUUCAGGAGGCAAACUUGGAUGGGAAAGAAAACACACCGUUAUUUUCCCUACUUUUGGUUUCCUUUGACAUCCUAAGGACAUUACGCGCUGCUUUGUGAAGUACAUUCUCUACUGGGGAAGAGGUCCAUAGACCCAGAAAGGAGAUACUCCAUUCUGGGCUUGCCCUAUGUAAAAGUUGUCCAUUCCUCAAUCAUUCAUCUGCAAAACGCCGAGCGAUCUCCCCUCCCUCUAACCUGCAUUUAAAGUAACCUCUCCUGGGUCUCGUAAGGUUACAGGAUCAUGGAUUUAGGGUGAUAAAGGCCCUUAAAAAUCCCCAGUCCAACUUCUCGUGUCCCAGCCCAGAAUGCAUGACUUUUCUGGGCGUACUCGUCUAUUCAUAGGAAAAGGGUUUGGUUUUGUACGGAACUUCAUUUUUUAUAUACUCAAAAUGUAUCUAAUUUUCU